AAAAGAUUUUGAGAGAGUGAGAGAGAAAGAGAAAGAAAGAAAAGGGAGGGAGAAUAGUUGAAUGAUUGAGAGAUUUCCAACCUUCUCUCACUCCCAAAGGAUUUUCUGUUUGUGGAGAAAGAGCAUCUGACCAGGGAGGGGAGGGUGGGGAAAAGAAAGAAAGAAAAAAAAAGCCUCCUCCUCCCUCCUCUCUUCUGUGAGCACUGUUCUUUGGGAUCAUUUGCCAGAGAGAAAAAGGGGGGACAAUACAUUGGGAAUGCAAAAACUCCAAAGGAGCAUCUAAAGUGGAAAGCUAUUCCAUUUGCGUUGGAUUUUAAAAUAUUUAUAUAGAUAGAUAUAGAUAGAUAGAUUAUCACUGCAAGAUCUUUACUCUUUCUAUCUGUUCAGAAUGACUGAGCCGCUCUCCCAAUGUAAUAUUAAGGUAAUGUGCAGGUUCCGGCCGCUGAAUCACUCAGAAGUGGUGCGAGGAGAUAAAUACAUCCCUAAAUUUACGGGAGAAGACACUGUGGUGAUUGCGGGAAAGCCGUACAUCUUUGACCGAGUAUUUCCAACCAACACCACGCAGGAUCAAGUCUACAAUACCUGUGCCAAGCAGAUUGUGCUAGAUGUCCUGGGCGGCUACAAUGGAACAAUCUUUGCUUAUGGACAGACCUCAUCUGGCAAAACCCACACCAUGGAGGGCAAGCUGCACGACUCUCAGCUGAUGGGAAUCAUCCCCCGGAUCGCCAACGACAUCUUCAGCCACAUCUACUCGAUGGACGAGAACCUGGAAUUCCAUAUCAAGGUCUCCUACUUUGAAAUCUAUCUGGAUAAGAUCCGGGACCUGUUGGAUGUGGCCAAGACCAAUCUGUCUGUGCACGAGGACAAGAACAGAGUUCCAUUUGUAAAGGGCUGUACUGAGCGCUUUGUCUCGAGCCCGGAGGAGGUGAUGGACGUCAUCGACGAGGGAAAGUCAAACCGGCACGUGGCGGUCACAAAUAUGAAUGAACACAGCUCCCGGAGUCACAGCAUCUUCCUGAUCAACAUCAAGCAGGAGAACAUGGAGACCGAGCAGAAACUGAGCGGGAAACUGUACCUGGUGGAUCUGGCUGGAAGUGAGAAGGUCAGCAAAACCGGGGCCGAAGGAUCUGUACUGGAUGAGGCCAAGAACAUCAACAAGUCUCUGUCCUCUCUGGGGAACGUUAUAUCUGCCUUGGCCGAGGGCACAAAAACCCACGUUCCCUAUCGGGACAGCAAGAUGACCCGGAUUCUCCAGGAUUCCCUGGGCGGCAACUGCAGGACGACCAUCAUCAUCUGCUGCUCUCCCUCCAGCUACAACGAUGCCGAGACCAAAACCACCCUCAUGUUCGGGCAGAGGGCGAAGACCAUCAGGAAUACGGCCUCUGUGAACCUGGAGCUGACGGCCGAGGAGUGGAAGAAGAAAUACGAGAAGGAGAAAAGCAAGAACAAGACGCUGAAGGAGUCAAUCCGCCGACUGGAGACCGAGCUCAACCGGUGGCGGAACGGAGAGAAUGUUCCGGAAACCGAGCAGCUGCCUGAGGAGAAGGAGGAGGUGCUGUGUGAGAUCACACCCGUCACCGACAACGACUCGUCCAUCGUCAUCCACAUCUCGGAGGAGGAACGGCAGAAAUAUGAGGAGGAGAUCCGCAAACUCUACAAACAGCUGGAUGAUAAGGAUGAUGAGAUUACCCAGCACAGCCAGAUGGUGGAGAAGAUGAAGGAGCAGAUGAUGGAUCAGGACGAGCUGUUGGCUUCGACGCGGGGGGACAACGAGAAGGUGCAGGUGGAGCUGAGCCGCCUGGAGACGGAGAACGACUGCGCCAAGGACGAGGUGAAGGAGGUGCUGCAGGCCCUGGAGGAACUGGCCGUCAACUACGACCAGAAGUCGUUGGAGGUGGAAGCCAUGGGCAAACAGAACAAGCUGCUGACCGACGAGCUGGCCAAAAAGAUGGCGUCGCUCAUCACCCUGGAGGCAGAGCUCCAGCACGCCCGGGAGUUGGGGAACCACCAGAAGAAGCGAGUGGCGGAGGUUCUCAACACUCUGCUCAAGGACUUGGGCGAAUUCAACACCAUCAUCGGCAACAGCGACUGGAAAGUGCCCACCGAGUUCACGGGAGUGGUUGAGGAGGAGUUCACAGUUGCCCGCCUGUACAUCAGUAAGAUGAAGUCGGAGGUGAAGAGCAUCAUGAAGAGGUGCAAACAGCUGGAGAACAAUCACAGCGACUGCAACCGGAAGAUGGAAGAGAACAGCCGGGAGCUGACUGCCUGCCAACUCCUCAUCUCGCAGCAUGAGACAAAGAUCAGAUCGCUGACCGAGUACAUUCACAAGGUGGAGCUCAAGAAACGGCAGCUGGAGGAGUCCUACGACACACUUAACGAGGAAAUGGCCAGACUACAGGCACAAGAAACGGUCAAUGAAGUGGCGGAUAAGGAGAAGGAACAGACCGAUGGCGAGGAGGUGAAGAAAGUCUUGGAGCAGCAGAUGGAAACACAUCGGGAAAACCAUCAGAAGCAACUGGCCAUCCUCCGCGACGAGAUUGCGGAGAAGCAGAAUAUUAUUGAUGAGCUGAAGGACUUGAACCUGAAGCUGCAGCUGAAGCUGGACAGACUGCGGGUGGAUUACGACAAGUUGAAAAGCGAGCAGCGUGAGAAAAGCAAGAAACUUCAGGAGCUUACAUUUCUCCAUGAAAAGCACGAGCAAUCCAAACAGGAUCUUAAAGGACUUGAAGAGACUGUCGCGAGAGAACUCCAGACUCUUCACAACCUGCGGAAACUUUUUGUUCAAGACCUUACAACCCGGGUCAAAAAAAGUUCUGAACUGGAGCCAGAUGACAGUGGGGGGAGCAUAUCCCAGAAGCAGAAGAUAUCCUUUCUUGAGAACAACUUGGAUCAACUUACAAAGGUUCACAAACAGCUGGUUCGUGACAAUGCAGAUCUGCGUUGUGAGCUUCCUAAGCUGGAGAAGCGACUUCGGGCUACGGCUGAGAGAGUCAAGGCCCUGGAAGGUGCACUGAAGGAGGCCAAGGAAGGAGCCAUGAAGGAUCGCAGGCGAUACCAGCAGGAGGUCGAACGCAUCAAAGAGGUUGUCCAACGAGGCUCCAAGGGAGGCCCCCGGCGCUCGCACACCGCGCAGAUCGCCAAACCCAUCCGGCCCGGGCACUACCCCGCCUCCUCCCCCACCAACCUGAACGGCACCCGUCAGGGCGAGGGCUACAGCAACAGCUUGUACCAGACCUGCCACCCGCUCAUUGUGCUCAGCGCCUCCGACUCUGCCAAGGACAAGUGCUCUCUGAGUGGCGGCUGCUCUAAUGGGACGCUGUCGUCAGUGGAAAGCCUGGACUCCCUCCAGAAGCAAAACAUCGCCAAUGGCAACGAGACAGACAUCAAUGACAACAGGAGCGACUCUCACUGUGGCUGCGAGGCCGACGACCAGGCCAAGGUCUAUGUGUUCCAGCAGGAGACAGCGGCGAGUUAACAGCCGCCCUCCACACAGGGCUUGGAAUCUGGGCCACAGGAGACAGGUCACACAGUCCCCCAUUUUACUCCGGCAAUUGUUGCGUCGUGCUGUCUUCUCUCUCUUCUCCUCCUUCUUCAACGCCCUCCCAAC